AGAAAACCCCACUAUUUUUAGCGAACAGUCAGUCUCACAGUUUUCCUCAGCUGAAAGAGCACAGUUGCCCAAAUUCAUCGCACAAAAUGUUGGUGGAACUCCCGCGCUUAACCAAUUCUCUCAGGUCACCCUUCGAUGCCGAUCAGGCGUAUCUAAACCGUAAAUCCUUCCUCCAAAACCUGAAUCGCAGUAGUUCUGCAGCUGCGGCUGGAGAGUCGGAACUAGCGCGCAAGAUCAUUUAUCGGUGGGAUGAAGGUUCUUUUGAGGCACGCCAGUUGUACAAGCAAUUUGUGGCGGCUGUGGUUGAAUUGAUGGGUGGUGAAGUGGUAUCUGAGGAGUUUCAGGAAGUGGCAAUAAAAGCGUAUAGGCUAUUCAGUGGGACUAUUGAAUCUGAGGAGUAUGAGAGGGACAGAAGAAUUUUGUCAAAAAAGUUUGAGUUGCAAAAAAUUGUUGGUCAUACUGUUCUGGAUGCAAACACACUGAAAGUUGCAUCACUGGUGGAGAGGCUUUCUUCUUUACAGAAUAAGGAACACGGAUCUGACUAUUUACCUGAACUGACGAGCGAAGGCAGUGAGGAUGUGGAAUUUGGAGCAGAUCUUGCAUUUGAACCUCCUGCUCGCUUUCUAGUGGAGAUUUCAUUGGAUAAUGGAGAAGUCUUUCUUGAGGAAACUGGCACAUCAUCUAGCAAUCAUGUGGGAUGGUCCAAUAAUGGUGGCUCUGCAAAUUCCCAUACUUCUAUUGGCGCUGGUAGUUAUGACCUAGAGUGGUUGAGAGAUGCAUGCGAUAGAAUCGUCAGGGCAAGUACUUCACAGCUCCCUCGAGAUGAACUAGCAAUGACCAUUUGCAGGAUUCUUGAUUCAGAGAAACCUGGAGAUGAGAUUGCCGGUGAUCUGCUGGAUUUUGUUGGUGAUAGCUCAUUCGAAAUUGUUCAGGACCUUAUUAUGCACAGAAAGGACCUUGUUGAAAGCAUCCAUCAUGGACUUCUCGUCCUGAAAUCUGAUAGAUCAACUUCAAACACACAGAUUAAAUAUCCUAGUUAUGCUACUCAGGUAACUGUUCAAACAGAGUCUGAGAAACAAAUUGAUAAACUUCGGCGCAAGGAGGAGAAAAAGAAUAGGCGUGGAACAGAUCAUGGAACUGAGAACGACUUGUCUUCUUUUUCUUUCAGUUCCUUACUCCAAGCAAGUGAGAAGAAAAACAUACUUGAUGAUCUUGUGGGGCAUGGUGAUGGGGCUCAGUCUGCUGCCACUGCCCUUCCUCAGGGCACAAUGAGGAAGCAUUACAAGGGAUAUGAAGAAGUCAUUGUUCCUCCUACACCAACUGCACCACUGAAACCUGGGGAGAAGCUGAUUGAAAUCAAGGAGCUAGAUGACAUAGCACAAGCUGCUUUUCAAGGUUACAAGUCCUUAAACCGGAUACAGAGCAGAAUAUUCCAAACGACUUACUACAGCAACACAAAUAUACUGGUCUGUGCGCCAACUGGGGCUGGAAAAACCAACAUAGCUAUGAUUGCUAUUCUACAUGAGAUUGGACAACACUUUAAAGAUGGUUAUUUGCAUAAAGAUGAAUUCAAGAUAGUUUAUGUUGCUCCUAUGAAGGCGUUAGCUGCGGAGGUCACAUCAACCUUCAGCCAUCGGUUGGCCCCUCUAAAUAUAACUGUGAGAGAACUAACUGGUGAUAUGCAACUCUCAAGAAACGAGCUUGAAGAGACACAGAUGAUUGUAACAACUCCUGAAAAGUGGGAUGUCAUUACUCGUAAAAGCAGUGAUAUGUCACUCUCCAUGCUCGUGAAGCUCCUAAUAAUUGAUGAAGUACAUUUGUUGAAUGAUGACAGAGGUCCUGUUAUUGAAGCAUUAGUAGCUCGCACCCUCCGUCAGGUUGAAUCUACACAAAGUAUGAUUCGCAUUGUUGGCCUUUCUGCCACUCUACCAAAUUAUCUGGAGGUUGCACAAUUUCUGAGGGUAAAUCCAGAAACUGGCCUAUUCUUCUUUGACUCAAGCUAUAGGCCGGUACCUCUUCAACAGCAUUACAUUGGGAUUUCUGAACACAACUUUGCAGCUCGUAAUGAAUUGAUGAAUGAGAUAUGCUUCAAUAAGGUGGUUGACUCACUAAGACGAGGACAUCAGGUUAUGGUUUUUGUUCAUUCACGUAAAGACACAGGAAAAACUGCUGAAAAGCUGAUUGAUAUGGCCAAAUUACAUGAGGACUUCGACCUUUUCACAAAUGCUUCACAUCCUCAGCAGGGACUUAUAAAGAAAGAUGUAUUGAAGUCCAGAAAUAAGCAGUUGGUGCAAUAUUUUGAAUAUGCUGUUGGCAUCCAUCACGCUGGGAUGCUACGCGCGGACAGAGGUCUGACUGAGCGGCUUUUCUCUGAGGGACUUUUAAAGGUCCUCGUUUGCACAGCAACUUUGGCUUGGGGAGUAAAUCUACCUGCUCAUACUGUGGUGAUUAAGGGAACUCAAAUUUAUGACCCAAAGGCCGGUGGGUGGCGAGAUCUCGGCAUGCUUGAUGUUAUGCAGAUAUUUGGGCGUGCUGGUAGACCCCAAUUUGAUAAAAGUGGUGAAGGCAUUAUAAUCACAAGUCAUGAAAAAUUAGCCUACUAUUUGCGGCUUUUAACGAGUCAACUUCCCAUUGAGAGCCAGUUUAUAACCUCUUUGAAAGAUAACCUGAAUGCUGAGGUGGCAUUGGGCACUGUGACAAAUGUUAAGGAAGCUUGUGCUUGGCUGGGGUACACAUAUCUUUUCAUAAGGAUGAAAAUGAAUCCUCUGGCAUAUGGUAUUGGAUGGGAUGAGGUAGUUGCAGAUCCAUCACUAGGCCUGAAACAAAGAGCUCUGGUAUCGGAUGCAGCACGGGCUCUCGACAAGGCAAAAAUGAUGCGCUUCGAUGAGAAAAGUGGGAACUUCUAUUGUACUGAGCUUGGUCGCAUAGCAAGCCACUUUUACAUUCAUUAUUCUAGUGUCGAAACUUAUAAUGAAUUGUUGAGACGCCACAUGAAUGAUAGUGAGGUGAUUGACAUGGUUGCACAUUCUUCUGAAUUUGAAAAUAUUGUUGUCCGGGAGGAGGAACAAAAUGAGCUGGAAACGUUGGCUCGCUCAUGUCCUUUGGAAAUCAAGGGUGGUCCUUCAAAUAAACAUGGAAAAGUGUCUAUCCUUAUUCAGCUGUACAUAUCCAGGGGAGCAAUUGAUUCUUUUUCACUAGUUUCUGAUGCAUCGUACAUAAGUUCAAGUUUAGCUCGUAUUAUGCGAGCUUUAUUUGAGAUUUGUUUGCGGAGAGGAUGGAGUGAGAUGUCUUCAUUCAUGCUGGAGUACUGCAAAGCUGUGGAUCGUCAGAUUUGGCCCCACCAACAUCCACUCAGACAAUUUGAUAGAGAUAUUUCUGCAGAAAUAUCGAGAAAGCUUGAAGAAAGAGGGGUGGACUUGGAUCACCUAUAUGAGAUGCAGGAGAAAGACAUUGGAGCUUUAAUUCGCUAUGCACCUGGAGGAAAGUUGGUGAAGCAAUACCUGGGAUAUUUCCCAAUGGUCCAGUUAUUUGCUACAGUAAGUCCAAUAACAAGAACAGUUCUAAAGGUUGAUUUGACUAUUACACCUGAGUUUGUCUGGAAGGAUCGUUUUCAUGGUACUUCACAGCGCUGGUGGAUUUUAGUUGAGGAUUCUGAGAAUGACCAUAUAUACCACUCGGAGCUGUUUACAUUAACAAAGAAAAUGGCCAAAGGGGAACCUCAGAAGCUCUCCUUCACUGUUCCAAUAUUUGAGCCACAUCCUCCCCAGUACUUCAUCCGAGCAAUUUCUGAUUCAUGGUUGCAUUCAGAGUCUUUCUACACUAUAUCCUUUCAGAACCUCAUGCUCCCAGAGGCUCAUACGACUCAUACAGAACUCCUUGACCUGAAACCACUUCCCGUGACUGCACUUGCCAAUGGAACUUAUGAAGCAUUGUACAGAUUCACACAUUUUAACCCCAUACAGACGCAGGCUUUUCAUGUACUAUAUCACACAGACCAAAAUGUUCUUCUUGGAGCUCCAACAGGAAGUGGUAAAACUAUAUCAGCUGAGCUUGCCAUGCUCCAUCUGUUUAAUACUCAGCCUGAUAUGAAGGUUAUUUAUAUUGCACCUUUAAAGGCUCUUGUUCGAGAAAGGAUGAAUGAUUGGAGAAAGCGUCUUGUUUCCCAGCUUGGAAAACAUAUGGUGGAGUUGACAGGGGAGUAUACUCCAGAUUUGACAGCUUUGUUAUCAGCUGAUAUAAUAAUUUCUACUCCAGAAAAAUGGGAUGGUAUCAGUCGGAAUUGGCAUUCUCGAUCCUACGUUACGAAGGUUGGGCUAAUGAUAUUGGAUGAGAUUCAUUUACUUGGUGCUGAUCGCGGACCCAUAUUGGAGGUAAUUGUUUCUCGAAUGAGAUAUAUAUCAUCACAAACAGAGCGGCCAGUUCGAUUUGUUGGUCUUUCAACAGCUUUAGCAAAUGCACAUGAUUUGGCUGAUUGGCUGGGUGUUGAAGAAAAUGGCUUAUUCAACUUCAAGCCUAGUGUUAGGCCAGUUCCUCUUGAAGUUCAUAUCCAGGGAUAUCCUGGAAAGUUUUACUGCCCAAGAAUGAAUAGCAUGAAUAAACCAGCAUAUGCAGCAAUAUGUACUCAUUCACCAACAAAGCCAGUUCUUAUAUUUGUGUCAUCCCGUCGUCAGACUAGGCUUACUGCCUUGGACCUCAUUCAGUAUGCAGCUUCAGAUGAGCACCCAAGACAAUUCCUAGCUAUACCUGAAGAAUCGCUUCAGAUGAUAGUCUCCCAAGUAACUGAUCAGAACCUUAGACACACUCUGCAGUUUGGUAUUGGAUUGCACCAUGCAGGAUUGAAUGAUAAGGAUAGAUCACUUGUUGAGGAACUUUUUGCAAACAACAAGAUUCAGGUGUUGGUCUGCACCAGUACAUUAGCUUGGGGUGUGAACCUUCCAGCUCAUUUAGUUAUCAUAAAGGGAACAGAGUUUUUUGAAGCAAAAUCAAAGAGAUAUGUUGAUUUUCCAAUUACGGAUAUUUUACAAAUGAUGGGUCGAGCUGGACGGCCUCAAUUCGACCAGCAUGGGAAAGCCAUUAUUCUGGUUCAUGAACCCAAAAAGAGCUUCUACAAAAAGUUUCUUUAUGAACCAUUUCCAGUUGAAAGCAGCUUGAGAGAACAGUUGCAUGAUCACAUAAAUGCAGAGAUAGUUUCUGGGACAAUUCGUCAUAAAGAGGAUGCAAUACAUUAUCUCACCUGGACGUAUUUAUUCCGUAGAUUGGGGGUUAAUCCAGCGUAUUAUGGCGUUGAGGACACAGAUCCAGGGACUCUAAGUUCUUACUUGUCAAGCUUAGUAGUGAGCACAUUUGAGGAUCUUGAAGAUGGUGGUUGCAUUAAAAUUGAAGAAGACAGAGUGGAGCCAACGAUGUUGGGUUCAAUAGCAUCUCAAUAUUAUCUGAAAUACACAACCGUUUCUAUGUUUGCCUCAAAUAUCGAAGCAGACACAUCACUGGAAGUUUUCCUCCAUGUAUUGUCUGGUGCUUCUGAAUAUGAUGAGCUUCCUGUGCGGCACAACGAAGAAAACCACAAUGCAGAAUUGUCCAGUAAGGUCCAGUACAUGGUUGACAAGAAUCUUCUUGAUGACCCGCAUGUGAAGACCAAUCUUCUGUUCCAGGCACACUUUUCCCGAGUUGAACUGCCAAUCACUGACUACGUAACAGACUUGAAGUCUGUGCUGGAUCAAAGUAUACGUAUUCUUCAGGCAAUGAUAGAUGUAUGUGCAAACAGUGGAUGGCUCUCUAGUACGAUUAUUUGUAUGCAUCUCCUUCAAAUGGUCAUGCAGGGUUUAUGGUGCAACAAAGAUUCAUCCUUAUGGAUGCUCCCAUGCAUGACGGAUGAUCUUGUUAGUACAUUGAGCCAAAGAGGAAUCUCAAAUGUCUUGCAGUUAUUAGAUGCUCCUCUUGACUCCUUUCAUUUUCUCACUAAAAGUUCCACUCCCUCGAGGUUACAUGAGGAACUGCAGCAUUUUCCUCGCAUUCAAGUGCGAUUGAAGGUUCAAAAGCGCACUGGCGCUGAUAACCCUGGUGUCCGUCUGAAUGUUAGAUUGGAAAAAACUAAUAGGCAUAAGAAAACAGCUAGAGCUUUUACUCCUCGCUUUCCAAAGGUUAAAGAUGAAGCUUGGUGGUUGGUCCUGGCAAAUACCUCCUCCUCUCAUCUAUAUGCAUUGAAGAGAGUUUCUUUCAAGGAUGUCUCAGUUACAAACAUGGAUAUCCCGUCAACUGUGAACGACUUCCAGGGUAUGAAGUUGAUCGUGGUUUCAGAUUGUUAUCUUGGUUUGGAUCAAGAAUUCCCUAUUGAUCAACUCGUGUGAUUGGACGACGGUGAUUAUUGCUACUUGUUUGAAGAGGUAUUCUCUAAUCACAAGUGUUAGGUGUAGUGGCAAGCCUCUUUUUUGUUUGGAUACAUUUUUUAAGAUCGCUAUUGUGCCAAGCCUUCUAUAAUGCAUAAUGUGUUAUGUGUUAUAUUUUUGCACCCGUCUUUGUUUUGAUUAAUAGUCGUUGUAAAGGAUAUGAAAUUUAUGUUUAAGAAUUAUUUAAAGGAUUUUGCCAAUAAAUGACUAAAGCUUCAUCAAA